GUUGAAAAUUGUUUUCGUUCUUCGAGCGAAGUUCUUGCGUUUUUUUGUGAAAUGAACGGCCGUGCUCACAAGGCUUUUAUGUUACAUUUCUUUUUAGACGAGGGCCUAGGUCCUCAACUUGCCGAGGCAGUACAACUAGUCACCACAGAGAGUGCAUUUAAUGUGCUUACAAGAAAAACUGAGAUUGUAGAAGACAAAUAUAAUUCUUUCCCGCGCUAUCAGGAUGAUCAAUUCAAGGAACAUUUUCGAAUGGAGCGCAGCAGCUUUGAGGCACUCCUGCAGGUCGUUGGAAAAGCCAUAGCAGGAGGAGAACAUCAUCAGCCAAUUGCACAAGUCUCACUACCAGAGAAAUUAUUGUAUACAUUAACACUGCUUAGCGGCAAAAAGUCAUUCCGCGAAGUGGGCGACACUUUUGCCAUAUCUAAGAGUUCUGGCCAUGAAAUAUUUAAAUGGGUAACCGCUGCAUUUGCGGCUCUCAUGCCACGCUAUGUUAAGUGGCCGGAAGACAAUUCCUGCGGUGGUCGGGGCAUCAAUAAGCUGCCCGGCGUCGUUGGCGUCAUCGAUGAGUGCCGAGUCUCUCUGAAGCUGCCCGUACGCGAGGAGACUGGCCAUCGGCAAUAUUCCGCACUGGCUCUCCAAGCCGUCUGUGAUGAACGUAGUAGAUUUCUAGACGUGCACAUCGAUGUACCCGAUAUGCAAUGCAUAUUGCUAAAAAGCGAACUCUUCGAGCGACUUAUUGACACGGAGGAGCCACUGAUGCCACCACACAAACAUUUGGUGGGUGAAAUUAUGUAUCCCCUUCUGAUCAAUCUGAUGACUCCGUACACGGACCCUCUAAACUGCGAAUUAACUCCUUGUCAUGUGCGCUACAAUCGGGCCAUUCAUUUGUGGAAUGCGCCUGCUGAGCGCGCUUUUGCCGCCUUAAUAUCACGAUUUAGGCGCCUGGAAUCGCUUGAUGUGUCCACCCUCGAACUGGGCACUAUUGUCGUCUCCGCCACCUGCAUGCUACAUAAUUUUAUUUUGGACUGCGGCGAGCCCAUCGAAGAUGCUAUCCUUGACUUUGAAAUGCUCCCGGAUAAGCAUAAUAGCAUGGUCUUUGGGGAGCACGGACUGGUUAACUGGGAUCACACAGCAGCGGCGGAAAAGAAACGAGAUAGCCUCGUGGCUAGCUUUAUACGAGCAUAGUGAACUUAUUAAUUAAAUUAUAUUAAUUACAAAAACUGAAUUAUAUUUUUCAUAAAUAAUAAUAUGUUUACAAG